AUAUUUGUUACGGUUAAUAAGACCGACCUGUGACAUUUGUAAAUCGUAGGUCUCGCAGUUGUUGUAAGACUUUCUGGUGUGUUUCGUUUGCGGUGCUUUCCACACGGACUCAAAUAAGCGCAACACCCACAGUUUCUAGGCAACGAACGCCAACUGGAUGGAAUGGCAAAAUUUGUGCUUGCGGGCAAAACAGACUGUCCCCAUUAUGCCAAAGCGGAACUAUUGGCAGACAGUCUACAGCGAUCUCUGCCGAACUUCAGGAUCCACAAGAUCUCCAUCCUCCCAGAUGAAUGGAAGGAAUGGCUGGAGGUCACCUGCAGUAGAAACGGAUGGAAACACGAGCAGUCCCCUUUGAUCUGGAGGGAACUGGUGGCCCAAGGGGGCAAAGGGAUGCUUCUAGGGGGCUUCAGUGACUUCCUAGAGCAUUGUCAGGGUUACUACAGCAUCACAUCAGACAUGCCUACAGAUAUAAUGCUGAGUGUCGCAGCAGAGAACCUGGAAACCAAGAUGAACCUUAUCGUGGAGGAGCAGCAUCGCGCGAGCCUUAUCAAACCCCUUUGCAUAUGGAUCAGCAGUGCUCUCAGCCCCACCUGCCACUUCCUGAUCCCCAGUCUGCUCUCUGCCGAGGUGUUCCCCCAUGUUUCUGCCAUCAACCUCCACCUACUGGACCUUGAUGGGAGCAAGGAGGAGUUGCAGCAGCUGAGGAUGGAGACAGAGGACCUGGCACUUCGUCUGCUCCAUCAAGUGACCAUCCAAACAGAUCUGGGACAGGCCUUCCAGGGAGCGGAUGUCAUUCUACUGCUGGAUGAGUGCUGGUCUGAUGACAGUGACACAGAGAAUGAGGAUGAGGAAAAGAAGAAGAAAAGGGUAAAGGGGAUCUCAGACAGGUACAGAGAGUACGGACAGCUGAUUGACUCGAGGGCCAACAAGGAGGUGAAGGUGAUUGUGUCCGGUGACUCCUGUGCCAACCUGAGAUGCUCGCUCCUUUUGGACAACGCACGCUCCAUCGACAGCCACCAGUUUAUCACCAUGGCAACGCAGCUGGAGAAUGAAGCCAGGGCUGUCAUUGCGAAGAAGCUGAAAGUGAAGACUUCAGAUAUCACAGACGUCAUCGUCUGGGGGAACAUCAGUGGUAGUUUCUACAUUGACCUGCAGAGGGCGAAGGUUUUCAACUAUGAUGGGGCAAUCAAAGGGCCAGCUUUCUUCUCCCAGCCAAUCCAAAAGAUUCUCCAUGACAGGAAAUGGUUGCAAACAGACUUUCAAGAAUUGGUAGGUUGUCAACGUGCAGCUGUGGCUUCAAAGAGCGGCCGAGCAGCUGCAAUGUCGCUCGCCAAUGGGAUCCUUGCGGUCCUCAAGGCUUGGAAUGGCAUUUGUGGUCCAGAUGAGGUCUUCUCUGUGGGUGUACUUUGCCCAGGCUUCUAUGGUCUCCCAGCUGGCAUCGUCCUCUCUGUUCCAGUCACCUUCACAGACGGCAAAUGGUCCGUGCUGUCUGACGUGACCGUCGGAGACGAGUUGAAGGAGAGACUUCAGCUCUCUGCAAGGGAACUCAAGGAGGAAAAAGAAUGAUUGUCCUGAAUGAAGAAGACACUUGAUAUUAAACUUGCUUUGUGAAGAUUUUCCUGUAAAAUUGGAAGAAAUGACUUGCAUAUUGAGAACACAGACUAAAAAACACACAGGUUAGAAGUCACGAUCAAAGGGAAAUAUUUGUUUCAGUUUGUUCUUUUAUUCUCUUACUUUCACAUGUGAAGUUGCAGUUUUAUUUUUUUACCAGUUUAAUGACAAUAAAUCUUUUCCCGCCCUGUGAAACUCA